AUGGCGGGCUUGGCAUCUGGAAAUACCGAUACGUCAUGUGCCUUUUUUGAAAAUGAUAUAUCAUUCUUGGUGACCCUAGUUCUUCUAAGAGCUCUUAUACGGGUGGUCAAUGUGAUGUUCAAACAAAAAUGGCAGCUUCUGGAAAGGACGUAUGCCGUAGUGAGUCCGUUGAAGUCCGACCGAUAUCGCCGAUU